AUGGCGCCCAAACUGACGGCUCUUCAGCACAAGAUCCAGGAACUGGAGAAAGAGCUGGAAGGCAAAGACAACUCCUGCAAGGCUCAGAUGGCAUCACUGGAGCAAAAAGCACACAAGAGACUGGUGAAAGCCUCAGCUCUACAACGUCAGCUGAAUGACAAGAAGGCAGAGGUCUUCUUUCUACAUCAUAGGCUUAUGGACUUCAUGGACUGGGUGGCUGAGCUGAGGGGAACAAAGUUUGUGCCCCUGCCUCUCUACUCCCACAACCAGAAGCCCUCCCACAAAAGAGUGAGAGACAGCUGGAGUGAUUUGCUGACUAAAAGCAGGCUUCAGUUGGGAUUGAAUCGAAACUGGAUGAUCGAGUGCUCCAACUCUUUGAGGAGAGCUAUGAGGCACGGUCCUAGCCAGAGAUAA